AUGUUUUACUCUAUCUUCGGAAGGGACGAAACCCCCGUCAGCGCCAAACUCCGCAGUGCUGCCAAUGUCUUCGUUAGCUUGUUCGUCGAAGAACAGAAGGAGAAUGAGAGAUGUAGAGCAGGGGAAAAGUCACACAACCUAACACUCCUUCGCAAAGCUCUGAUAUCUGUCUUUGAACAUGGGAGGAGUAAGAAGUUCGCUACUCCACUCCCCGACAGUAUGGCAGCAAGCAGGAGUCGGAGAUGGCGGCUUCAGGCCAGCAAUCUCAAGAAUCAAGUCCCUUGGCUCUUCAAAAACAUCGGAAAGCUGAAAUCACCUACUUUAUGUGGUUUUGAUCAUACUCCUGAGAACAAGGAGCUCCAGGAACAAUACGGCAACAUCAAUGACACCUUUGCUUCGACCUGCAAUACACCUCCAAUCGCAGCAUCUGAUAACACUACCACCACGAAUACCAUGAGUAUCGACAAUUGUGCCUGUGGAGAUUUAGCUUCAUUCUACAAGAAUGCCAGACAUUUAUACUUCAGUAGUAGAGAAUCGAUUCUGAGGUACACCAUCGGUGAAGUCACUGGUCCGAACUCUUUGGACACUAUCGAUCACUAUGCUCCAGCACUCUACACGCAGGUUCUUGAACCCAUUCCGAUAGACCAACUAUCUGAAGCCAAACCUGUUGGUCCUCUUGGAACUACUGAAAGUAGUGAGCCUUGUUCAUUUAGUGAAGUUUUAGCUGGUAUUUAUUCCUGUGAAGAAGAGAAGGAAAUAUGUCACCGACUUGAAACUGCUGCAACUACUGCAACCAACCAUCAAUCAUCAGACAACCCCAAGUUUGUAAGUGCCGGAGAAGAGGAUCAUAUUGAUAUUGGCCGAGAAGAUUCCAUUGACGACUACUUGAACUAUGAUGAAUUGAAUGAAAUUGAAUACAUCAAUAGAUUUGUGAAUCGAGGUUGGGCUGACCCUCAAUUGUCUGAAUCUGAGUCCAACACAAGGGUUCAGCAUAUAAAGGUGGAUUCAAGAUUGAAAUUCAGAAGAUCUAAGAAGUUAGUGGACAAUGUUACUAGUGUUGACAAAGAUCAGCUUAAAGUAUGUGAACAGUCUAUCACUGCAUAUUCAGUUCCUCUUCAGUCACUUGGCUCUCUAUCCGAGAUUGUUUCUAAGUCAAAACAUGCAAAUGUUGAAGAUCCUAUUUUCCCUAAUGUUACGACUUCUGUUGAUACUUUUGAAUUUGGGGAUCCUCCAUUGAUGGUUCCUGAAGUUAUUAUUGAUCCUCCAACCCUUCCAUGUUGUGGUGAGCGUCUCAAGACUCCAUUUCAAGGAAGAGAAUUUCUCCAGGUUCCACCAAAAUUUCAAAAAUAUCCGUCAGAAUCACAGGUCAGCAUCUGGUGCAGUGGCCAUAAAAGAAGCCUUCCAGCAGUUCCCACUGUGGAAGAGAGUAUUCAGAAGGUGCAGAAAAUAUGUUUUGUCACUGCUCCAAUCAAUUGGAAUAGCACUACUGACUUCCAGUAUCGUUCCAAAAAACACGUAGUUCAUUCUCCAUGUAACAUGGAACAAAUGUGCUACCUGCUAAUUGAAGUGGGUCUUGGAAGUCAUCAAUCUUUUCAGCCUUAUAUUCUGGAACUUGAUUCAAAGUAUCCGAUAAGAAUAUCAACUGCGCCUAUCACUGUUGAUCAGGUUCCAUUAAUGCUUGGAAAGUUAAUCGAAUAUGGUGCCAUUUCUCUAGAGGAGGUAAAGGAUAUCUACUUCAGAGCCUGUCCUGUCUACUCUCUGAAUAUUAAGGAGGUUUCCGACCUUGGUGAGUUUGUUCAACAUUUGCAAGUGAUUCAAGAAACAGUUCUUGAAGAUCGUGGUGCAUAUCUUGGCAAAUGGAUUGACUACCAAUGUGAUGGUAUCAAAUUCUACAAAAAACCUUAUUCUGGUCUCUGUACUACUACUCCUACUUCUCCCAAUCAGUCGUUUUUCCGGUGCCUGUACGGUUUUCACUCCUUGAAGCAUCGACAUCCACAUUCGAGUUGGAGCUUUAGCCUUUCAAGGUUAGAGGAACAUGCUCUUCGCUUCAAGGGAAAACUCAUGUUUGGGUUACGAAUCUACUAG